UUGUAAAGAUGAGUUCCAAAGGGAAGGAUCAUAAAGCAGCACUUAAAACAGUACAGCGUUGGGAGAAGGAAUUUGGUUGCGAAUUCGACUAUGAUAUGCGGGAUGGUUUUGUUGUAAGGAUACGAUGCAAACUUUGUACAAAAUGGGAGAGUCGUAUAAACGGUAUGAAGAAUUUUUCCACCACUUGGAUUCAUCCAGGUUCAGAAUCUGUGAAAAAACAUUCUGUUCAAGGGCACACAAACAGUAUAGCUCACAUGGAGGCCAAGCGAAUCGAGGACAAGAGCAAAAUGGGAAUUGAAGCGUAUAUGAAUCGGGUAGUUGAUGAAACACCUAUCGGUCAGAACUUUAAAAACAUGUGCAUGAGCGUGAAAGAUCGAGAAUCUUUAAGAAUUAAGUUUAAUUCAGCCUACUAUCUCGCAAAGCAAGAGAGGCCUUUCUCCGAUUUUUCUGAACUGUUGAAACUUCAAUCCAAAAAUAACAUUUUGAAUAUUGGAGAAAGUUACACCACUGAUCGAGCAGCAGCCCAAUUUGUCAAUGUCAUAGGAGAAGUAACCAGAGAAAGUCUAGAAGCUGAUUUAGCAAAAGCACGUUAUUACUCCAUUUUGAGUGACGGCAGCACUGAUGUUAGCACGACUGAACAGGAAUUAGUGUAUGUUUUAUUCCUUCAAGAUGGAACACCUGUCGUCAAAUUUGCAGGUGUUGAAUCGGCUACAACAGCUGAUGCUGAAGGAUUAUUACGCGCAAUUGAGAGUGCUUUCAGUCGACUUGGUAUUUCUUGCUUUCCUGACCGCCUUGUUGGUCUCGACGUGGACGGAGCAAGUGUUAAUAUGGGCAUACACGCUGGCCUUGGUGCAAAAGUUCGUGAAUCUGCACCUUGGCUUGUUUUGGUUCACUGCUUUAAUCAUCGUAUUGAACUUGCGUUGAAAGAUGUUUUUGAUGCGUCAGCAUUUUCAAAAAUUGAUCAGAUGCUCCGAGUACUUCAUGCGCUUUACAAUGCCAGUCCAAAACGCUAUAGUGAACCAAAGCAAUUAGCAGAAGCUUGGCAAACAUCUAUUCCAAAACCAACAAAGGCAACUGGCACUCGCUGGAUAGAACACAAAGUCAACGCAAUGAAAAUAGCUUUAGAAAAUUAUGGGGCGUUUCUUAGUCACAUUGAAUCACUUUCUCAAACCGAUUUGAAUCCAACCAAGCGAGCGGAAUUGGAAAGGGUAUCUGAACAAAUGGAAAGAUGCUACAUUUCCAAUUUACCUGGCAAUCUAUUUGGAUAUCCUUUCUCCCAUACGUCGCUUAAGUUUGGGUUUUCAGCAAGAAUUGCACGAUCCAGUUAA